AUGACAUCCAAACUCCACCAGACCGCAAAACAAUUCCUUGAUCAGUUUGGAACGCUUGAUGUCCAAGCACUCGAGUCCAUUCUAGCGGACAAUUAUUACCAUGAGUUCGCCCCAGCAUCAAUAAACCCACCCGGCCCAUUUGAUAGGCCGGGCUUCCUCAAUCAUCACGGUACCAUUCGCGACAUUAUGAUCGGGUUCCCCGUAGCUGCCAAAGAAUACAUCGUGAGCGAGGCCAGCAGACAAGUCACAGUAUGGGCGACGGCCGAGACCGUCUUUCGUGACGAGGCCAAGGAUGGCGAGGUUUCGGAGGAGGAAUGGCGGUAUAAAGGGGAGUACGUCUUCAUGUUUACCAUGGACGAGUCGGGCGAGAAGAUCACGCGCACGAUCGAGUUUCUCGAUAGCAAAGCCACGGCUGACAAGCUGAUGGGUCUCAUGAAACGCGCACGAGAGAACAAGCAGAAGAAAUUAGCAGCAGAGAUGAAGUAA